UGGAGGGCCUGAGCAGAUUCUGACACAGGAAGUCAGCAACCCCCUUCAGAGUAGCACAGGGAGGUGGCCUGUGGUUUAGCCCCAGCUCUCCCCACCUUGAUAGGUGGGGACUUUUGGCGAGGGUACUGUCUAUAUGAGCCCGAGUUGCCUUGUCUGACUCUGAGGCGGAGAGUCCUGCUUCCUAAGCGCGGUCUGUAUGAUAGUGACAUAAGACCCGUAAAAAGCUCAGGAGCCAUCUUGACACACAGGAGGAGCUAAGUCGAUGGGACCUUAUGUAUUGUUGUUAUUAUUAUUAAUUGUUAUUGCCCUGGUAUUGUGUGACCACCUCCCCCCAGCCUCACGUCCUCUGUACCUCAGUAUCCUCAUCUGGGUAGGAGACUUCUGAGGGUCAUGUCUGAACACCCCAAGGGCAGCUUAGGGGAGGGCUGUACCCUCUGAAGAAUAGCGGGGAAGAGAGGGAUCAGGGGGCCUUAGCAAGUGUCUCUCUCGGAGGCCCAGGCUGGGCCCUCAGGGGUCUGGGACAGAGAGGGUCUAUUGAUUCCACAGGAGCCUCUGGCGGGAGGGACUCAGACCGUGGUGACCAGGUCCUGGGCAGGGUCUGAAGCUCAUAGUGGGGGCACCAGUGUCUCCACUGGCUGGUCCCACUGGCCCCACAAUGUCCCUCCAGGAUCCGAGGCUUCACGAACAGUCUGUCUGGACAAAGACUGAGGCCACAGUGCCCUCUAGUGGCCAAACCUUUGCAUUCCAGGUUAGGAGACGAGAACAAACGUGGGCAAUUGUUUGUUCCCAAGACUUGGGUGACAGGUAGACCCCAGAGCCCCAAGAGGUCAGAACAGGGACUUUCCCUGUGUAUGGAGAGGUCAGGGGGUCAGGACUUGAAAAGACUCUCCUGGAACUUCCUUCAAGGAGCCCUCCCUGACCCCCAGGCUGGGUUAGGAGACUCCUCUGGGCUCCCAUAGCCCCGAGUACCUCCUCUAUCCCAGCCCUGCCGUCUGCCCUGGCUUCCCCCACCCUUGGCUGUCAUCGUGUGGUGGUGGGUCUUUUACCCCACUGGACUGUGAGCUUACGGCUUUGCCUGGGGCAGGGCCAUCAGACACAUCAUUGCUGUGUCCCCAGCAUGCCCACACAGGGCUGGGGACAGUGGUACUCUAUAGAAAUGAGUGAAUGUGCCUCUUGACCUCUCCCUUCUCUUUGCCUUGAAGCUUUAGCUCCAGACCUCUGCUGGGAAGGUUUCCUUAAUACAACCCCUCCCCGCCCCCCGCCCGCCAAGUCCCCUUCAGAUGGUCCAAGUGUGUGGGAGGGCACAGCCUGGAGCCCACAUGACUCUCUCUCCCUGCUGCUUGCACUCUGCAGAGCCAGACAAUGGGGAGAGACAUGGAGGAUAAUGACUAAUUGAUUCAUUUAUUUAUUCAACAAAUAAUUGUUGAGCACCUGCUAUUUUUCAGGCCCUGUUCUAAGCACUGGGGAGACAGCAGUGGAAUGAACAACAAUCCCUGCCUCAUAGAGCUGGUAGUCAAAGGAGUGGAGACAGACACUCAAUCAAGUAACUAAAUAGGCCUACAACAUGAUGAUGAGUUAUGGUAAGUGUUGGGAGAAGGAGAAAGCUUUUAAGAGGACAGAGAGAUUCUGGGGGAUGCCAUCUUAGCUGAGGUUGUCUCUGAGAAGGUGACAUUCAGAAACCUGAACAAAGUGAGAGUUGGAGCCAUGCAGGUGUCUGGGGGAGGAGGAUUCUAGGCAGUGAGAACAGCAAGUGCAAAGGUCCUGUGGCUGAAGUGGGACUGGAACGUUCCAGGAACAGGGAGGAGGCCAGUGCGGCUGGAGUAAAGUUAGACAAGGGAAGGAAGAAGGGCGGUGAGAUCAGAAGUGUGAUGGGGGUUGGAAACGGGUUUGAGUAGGGCCUAGAGGGCAUAGUAAAGACUUUGAAUUUUUUUCUAAGUGUGAAAGAAGGGACUUCUCUGGUGCUGCAGUGGUUAAGACUCUGUGCUCCCAAUGCAGGGGACCCAGGUUUGAUCCCUGGUCAGGGAACUAGAUCUCCCAUGUAUGCCUCAACUAAGAAUUCUCAUGUCACCACUGAAGAGCCCUCGAGCUGCAACUAAGCAGCCCGCCUGCUGCAACUAAGAACCAGAGCGACCAAAUAAAUCAAUAAAUAUUUCUUUAAAAAGUGUGAAAGAAGCCACUGGAGGUUUUGAGCCAGAGCACAUUGUGAUGCCAGCUGUUUCAAGCAGCUCACUCUGGCUGCCCUGGAGAGAACAGAAAUGGACUGUGGGGGCGGGGGGGAGCAAAAGGGGAGCAGUACCAGGAUGGAGGCUGUGAAGGGAGAAGAGUGGGUGGAUUCUGGAUCUAUUUUGUGAAUGUGGAGAUAACAGCAUUUGCUGAUGGGUCUGGGGUGUGUGUGAAAACGAAGAGUCAAGGAUGACUGAUUGCACUUAGAACAAAAUCCGUUUUCUUUAUAAUGACCCACAAGGCCCUACACGAUCUGGAUCCUUGCUGUCUCCCUAAUGUUGUCUCCCUCCCCGCCUCCCCCCACUCACUCUGCCCAUUACACUAGCUUUCCCACUGAUCUUUGAACUUGCCAAGCUUUUCCUCCUUCCCCUCCCAUCGCACGGUGGCAGCUUCUCGGGUCUCAGCUCAAAUGUCACCUCCUCAGAGCAGCCACUUUCUUUAUAAUACUUAUCACUCUCUAAAAUGAUCAGUUUAUUUGCUCGUUUAUCAUCUUUUUUCCUCCACUAAAAGGUCAGCUCCUUGAGGGCAGCAACUUUGCCUGUUGGUCACGCGGUAUCCCCAGUGUCUAGAAGAGUGCCUGACACAUAGCAGGCACUUAAUAAAUGAACAAAGGCAUUGAUUAACCCCCUGUGCUUGUUUACAGACUGGCUUACACAGAAGAGACACCCAGACAAGUAGGCAAAGGCAAGAAUACACGACAGACCCUGGGGUCAUCCACACACCCAGGGGAGACCCAGAAGCCAGGGACUACCUUCUCCUGCGCGCACGCGGUGCCUGGAGGAUGGAGAACCCGAGCUGGGGAUGGAGCACCCCCAGGGAGGGGAAAGGAUGCCUUGGGGCGAUCCCAGCCCCGCCCUGUAUCCCCAGUAGCCAAUGGGCGUGCGGUCCUCCCGACGCCCCCUGGGACGUGUAGUCCGGACAGGGGCGCCCUCGGGCGCCGCCGAGCGCCCCUAGACUCCACGUCCCGUCGUGCGCCGGGAGGUGAGGGGAUUGGCCGAGCCCCGCCCCCUGCCCGCCCCGCUCCGCUCGCGCCGCAGCCCCAAGAAUGAAUGAAAUCGUAGCGCGCUGGGCGGCAGAGCGGGCGGCGCAGGCCGGGCUGGGCCCGCGCGCGGCGGCAGCGGCGCCCCGGGCCGGAGGCGGCCCAGCCGAGCGGGCCAUGGCCACCGCCAUUCAGAACCCGCUCAAGUCCCUAGGCGAGGACUUCUACCGAGAAGCCAUCGAGCACUGCCGCAGCUACAACGCGCGCCUGUGCGCCGAGCGCAGCCUGCGCCUGCCGUUCCUCGACUCGCAGACCGGCGUGGCCCAGAACAACUGCUACAUCUGGAUGGAGAAGACCCACCGCGGCCCGGGUUUGGCCCCGGGACAGAUUUACACGUACCCCGCCCGCUGUUGGAGAAAGAAACGGAGACUCAACAUCCUGGAAGACCCCAGACUCCGGCCCUGCGAGUACAAGAUUGACUGUGAGGCGCCAUUGAAGAAGGAGGGCGGCCUCCCAGAAGGGCCGGUCCUUGAGGCUCUACUGUGUGCUGAGACAGGGGAGAAGAAGAUAGAGCUGAAGGAGGAGGAGACCAUUAUGGACUGCCAGAAACAGCAGCUGCUGGAGUUCCCACAUGAUCUUGAAGUGGAAGACUUGGAGGAUGACAUUCCCAGGAGGAAGAACAGGGCCAAAGGAAAGGCAUAUGGCAUCGGGGGUCUCCGGAAACGCCAGGACACCGCUUCCCUGGAGGACCGAGACAAGCCGUAUGUCUGUGAUAUCUGUGGGAAACGGUAUAAGAACCGGCCAGGGCUCAGCUACCACUACACCCACACCCACCUGGCUGAGGAGGAGGGGGAGGAGAACGCCGAACGCCACGCCCUGCCCUUCCACCGGAAAAACAACCAUAAACAGUUUUACAAAGAAUUGGCCUGGGUCCCUGAGGCACAGAGGAAACACACAGCCAAGAAGGCGCCUGAUGGCACUGUCAUCCCCAAUGGCUACUGUGACUUCUGCCUGGGCGGCUCCAAGAAGACGGGGUGUCCCGAGGACCUCAUCUCCUGUGCCGACUGUGGGCGAUCAGGACACCCCUCGUGUUUACAGUUCACGGUGAACAUGACGGCAGCUGUGCGGACCUACCGCUGGCAGUGCAUCGAGUGCAAGUCCUGCAGCCUGUGUGGCACCUCGGAGAACGACGACCAGCUGCUGUUUUGUGACGACUGCGAUCGGGGUUACCACAUGUACUGCCUGAGUCCCCCCAUGGCGGAGCCCCCGGAAGGGAGCUGGAGUUGUCACCUCUGUCUUCGGCACCUGAAAGAGAAGGCCUCUGCCUACAUCACCCUCACCUAGGCCUGGCUCUGGCUCACCUGGACCUCUGGGGUGAUGCUUGCCUACCUGCCUCUUGGAGCUCCUCCAGUCUCUCCCCAUCCUUAAUGCCCCACAGUGGAAGGGGCCGGGGGUGGGGGGAGCCUGAGAGGGGGCUGGGUCACCCCUCCCCUCUGUGCAAGUGGAAUGUUUGCCCUGUGGGUUGGUGGGCCCAGCAGGGUCCUCUCCCUUCCUCCCUCCUGCCUCACCCCUUCGCAAAUGGGCACCAGGGGCUUCUGCUCCCCUCAAAGCCAUACCCCGCCUCUGGGCGGGCACGAGGGGUGGUGGAUGCCAGCUGGGGGCACGGACAAAGCCUUUUUCUAAAGAAAAAGUCAAAAAGUUAAAAAAAAAAGAAAUUAAUAUAUAACAAAGAGUCCUAUAAGGUCUGGCUGGGUGGAAGGGGGCACUGCUGAGCGCAUCUACUGGGCACCAGUCUACGCCAGUUUCCUGCCUGGCGGCUCCUCCCCCCAAGUCCCUGGAGUUGCAGCUCUCCCACCUCCCCACCCAAGGUGGGCACCAUUCCCCCCUUGUGCCCAGGGCAGGUGGGUGUGGUGUCCACCCCCGCCCUCUCUUGGUGCCCACUGUGGAUACUGCAUGAUGUGAACCACGGUUUUGAACUCCGUUCCUGCUCCCUCCCCGAGAGCCCCGCCCCGAGCCCACUCCGUGCCCGCCUUGGCAAGGCGGGCCCCUGCCCAGCGCCUGCUGGAAUGAGAAGCACAGACUCUGCAACGGACUAGAUUUUCCUCCUCCCCCCGCCCCGAUUCCCUACCGGCCAGGCCGGGCUGCCCCCUGCCACCCUCGCUGGCCAUUUUCGGGUCGCGAGGGGGCGUGGUUGUUUCUUGUGGUUGUGUGUGUUUGUUGUUCGGGUUUAAAAAAAAAAGGGAAAUUGAGACUGCAAGUGGGGGAGGUGGUGGGUUUGGGGGGGUCUCCCCCAAUCCUGGCGUGUCCCCCCUUGUAAACGAGUCUCCUUUAUUGCCUGCCUCUGCUGUGAAUUAACUUGUUCCGUGUAUUAAACUGGGCCUGACCCCUCUGCCCACG